AUGCUCCGCAUAAGUCAGGUUUAUGCGGUUCUAGACCAGCAUAUUAGAUAUGCUGUCAUAAAAGCAUUUUACAGUGCCAAAAUGAUUGAAGGGUCUUCUUUACAGGAGCAUGGGGUUAAGAUGCUAUCCCUUGUGGAGAAGCUCAAGGACCUUAAGGUUGGUCUUGAAAUAGAGACGUACAUUGAUGUGAUCCUUCAGUCUCUUCCUCCCUCCUUUAACCCGUUUAUCAUGAACUAUAAGAUGAAUGAGCUUCACAAAGACCUUCAUGAGUUGAUAAAAAUAUUGGUCCAGUACGAGACAAUAAUUGAAAAGUCUACACCGUCGGUAUUGGUAGGGGAGGUUUCAACCUCAGAAGAGAAAGGCAAAGUGGCGGACCGUUGGAAGAGGAAGAAAGGUGUUGGAAAGGAACAAAAAACUAGGGAAUUACGAGAUGAUACUGAGACUAGUUGA